GCUCCGGCCAAUGGGGGCGGGGGGGCGUGGCCCGGGCGGCGAGCGCGCGAGCGGCGGGCGCGGCAUGGCGGGGUCCCAUAAGGGAGCGCGGCCGUGAUGGAGCGCGAGCGGGCGGUGGGCGUCAUGUCGGCGCUGUGGUCGGUGGGCGCGGGGCUGCUGCUCCUGCUGCUGUGGGUGCGGCACCGCGGGCUGGAGGCCGUGCUGGUGCACCACCGCUGGGUCUUCGUCUGCUUCUUCCUCAUGCCGCUCUCCAUCCUCUUCGACAUCUACUACCAGCUGCGCGCAUGGGCCGUCUGGCGCCUCCACAGCGCCCCGCGGCAGCACGCCCAGCGCGUCCGGCACAUCCAGGAGCAGGUCCGGGAAUGGAAGAAGGAAGGCAGCAAGAGAUACAUGUGCACGGGCCGGCCUGGCUGGCUGACUGUGUCACUCCGUGUUGGGAAGUACAAGAAGACCCACAAGAACAUCAUGAUCAAUUUAAUGGAUGUCCUGGAAGUGGACAGUGAAAGACAGGUUGUUCGUGUGGAGCCUUUGGUGACCAUGGGCCAGCUGACUGCAUACCUGAAUCCCAUGGGCUGGACCAUUCCUGUGGUACCAGAGCUUGAUGAUCUCACAGUAGGUGGCCUCAUCAUGGGAACUGGCAUUGAGUCUUCAUCCCAUAUCUAUGGACUUUUUCAGCACAUCUGUGUGGCCUAUGAACUUGUUCUUGCUGAUGGAAGCCUUGUGAGAUGUUCACCAACUGAAAACUCAGACCUAUUUUAUGCAGUGCCUUGGUCUUGUGGUACUCUGGGUUUCCUGGUUGCAGCAGAAAUAAAAAUGAUUCCUGCCAAGAAAUAUGUCAAAAUACAUUAUCAGCCAGUGAGAGGACUGCAGAAGAUCUGUGAGAAGUUCACUGAAGAGUCUAAGAAAAAGGAGAAUAGUUUUGUGGAAGGACUUAUGUAUUCCUUGGAUGAAGCAGUCAUCAUGACAGGAGUCUUGACGGAUGAAGCUGAGCAAAGCAAGAUAAACAAAAUUGGCAACUACUACAAGCCGUGGUUCUUUAAGCAUGUGGAGAAGUAUUUGAAAGCUGACAAGACUGGAGUAGAAUACAUUCCUUCCAGACAUUAUUACCACAGACACACUCGCAGUAUCUUCUGGGAGCUCCAAGAUAUCAUUCCUUUUGGCAAUAACCCUGUGUUCCGCUACCUGUUUGGCUGGAUGGUCCCCCCAAAAAUCUCCCUGCUGAAGCUCACCCAGGGAGAAGCCAUUCGGAAGCUGUACGAGCAGCACCACGUCGUGCAGGACAUGCUGGUGCCAAUGAAGAGCCUUGAAAAAUCAAUCCAGACCUUCCACGUUGACCUUAAUGUGUACCCUAUUUGGUUAUGUCCUUUCAUACUGCCCAACAAUCCUGGCAUGGUCCAUCCCAAAGGAAAUGAAACGGAACUCUACGUGGAUAUAGGAGCUUAUGGAGAGCCCAAAAGCAAACAAUUUGAAGCCAGGGCUUCAAUGAGGCAAAUGGAAAAGUUUGUAAGAAGUGUGCACGGUUUCCAGAUGCUGUAUGCAGAUUGUUACAUGACCCGUGAGGAGUUCUGGGAUAUGUUUGAUGGCUCGUUGUACCACAAGCUGAGGGAGGAGAUGAAUUGCAAGGAUGCCUUUCCAGAAGUGUAUGACAAAAUCUGCAAAGCUGCAAGGCACUGAGCCUGGCUGAGCUCACCAAGCAAUCAGGGAAAGAGGAAUUUACCUAUAGCUAGUCAGUAUAUCCUUUAAAAAAAAAGCUUUAUUGCUCUCCAAAUAAGCUCAUUCUUAUUGAUGUUAAAAGGUAUGAAUUCCUGCUUUACACAUUUAUGUUUAGUAUUUCUUCGUAUGUUUUAAAACCAGUUUUCCAGACUCAGAGUGAUUGUUUUUAAGAAAUCUGAAGUGCUAGCCUUUGUAUCUAAUGUAGUGACAUAGGUGAGUUCACCUAUUUCCAAGCAGAAGAAAACUAAUGGGAAUGACUGAAGACACUGGAGUUACCCCAGCUGUGUACCACAGCUGUAUUUAACACAACUUCUGAAGCAGGAAAGAGGGCUCAGAAAUAGGUGCCAAAGCUGAACAUGUUGUCUAAUUAAUCAUGUUGUUAAAAACAUUUGCCUGCAGUCGGUGUCCUGCAGAGCAGCUCUGCAGUGGCUCAUCCACACUCCACCAUCCCCUGGCUGUGUGAUGGUGCUGCUGGGCUGCUCACGUUGUCUUGCACGGUAGCUGAGCUCCCCAGGCGUGGCUUCUGCUGGAAAACUGAGCACUGAGGUGUGAAGAAGAUGCUUUUUACUUGUGCCUAUCAGAUUUGUACUGAUUUUGAUUAUGAAGUGCGAAUGGAUGUAAGUUUUUAGGUGUUUUGUAGUUGGCCAACAGUGCAUUGGUUUUUUUGCCCCAAAGUGUCAAUGUUCUGGCUUUGUAGACCACUGAAAAAAAAAAAUUGCUGCUAUUUCAUAUAGCCAAAUUUUAAUUUCUUUGUGGGUCAGUUUAUUUGAGUUUCUUUUGGGUUUGUGUUUUUUGGGGUUUUUUUGGUUGUGGCUUAAUUUUAGUGCCUUACAAGUACUCAGUUGGAGGAAGAUAUGGCUUGUCUCAGACUGUUCUGUCCUGGCCUGUAGGAGAAGGAAGUCAAGGCUGUGUUUCUAGGAGGUUUGUUAGAGCAAGUGGCUGUAGAUAAGAACUCUUUAUGUGAAUCUUGAUACACACAGGCUUCGGUUCUGACUUGAGUGAUGUUUUUGCUUUUCAUUUUAGCUGGGUUAGGUUGAUAGGCUUUGUAAAAGGACUGUUUCAGUCACCUGGAGGGGAACUAACAGCAAGUACUGUUAGUUCCCUCUUCUGCUGCUCGCAGGUGAAAAUGGCACAGUCGUGGACUUGAUGCAGUUGAGUGUAGAAGUGUGGAAGUGUUCUGACCCUGUAGCCAGAAUCAGGGUUCCAAACCAAGCCUGUGUCUUGUCCAAGCAGUACUGAAAAUUGUUACUUGAAACCUUACUGAGCCUGAGGGAGAAGAAAGUCAUUUUCUUGAGGCUUGUGUAGGGGGUAAAAUGGAGAACUUCUCAAGCAGUUACCAGUGGGAGGUGUAAUUUUAUUAUGCGUGCUAAACCAAUGAUUUUAUUUAUUGAUAGAUGGAUGUUUAAGGUCCAGAUGAAACCAAUGAUAAAGCAGUGGCAGGAAUAAGCAUGGGCUGUAACUCAGUGAUGCACACUGUGUGCAAGUAAGGUACCCCCUCAAAUCCUGUGCAGGGGCAGCAUUCCCUGGGGAGACACAGCCAGUGCAGAGUGUCCUCAGUGCUGCCCGAGCCCUGGAGCUGUGUCAGUGAUCCAGGAGUGCCUGCCACGCCUCCUGGCUGCACCAGGGGUACACAGGAAGGCAAGUGUUGAUUCUCAGGGUGUGACCUGCCUUCCUGCCCCUACGAGGGAGGGGUGAAGCUACAAUUUAGCCCAGUGCUUGUAUGAUAGUCUGCACAGAGCAAGAAUGGUUUGGUUAGCUUUGAAAGGGCAAUGUUAAAACAGCUAGAGGAUAUGCAAAUACUUCUACUUAGGCUGUGUUUCACUUAUGUACUGAUGAUCUUUAGGUAUGCACUGUGUUUGUUUUUUCACUCCUUAAUUUAUUGGCAAAUUUUGAAUGCCGUGAUUGGGUACUGCACUGUAUCAGUCACACACAUCAUUGCUGUUGCUCUUGGUUUUUUGGUUGUAUGGGCUGUUGGAAAUAAAGCUCUGGCCGGCGUACUGUUCCAAA